AUGACUGAUUUAUACAAAGAAAAAUUAGAUACCAAGGAAGAGAUUCAAUCUUUACCUGAAUCAACAAGAAUCGGUGAAGUUGAUGAUGCCUUUGAUACUGGAUUACAAGCUCAAGAUCUGGUUUUAACCGAGGAGAUUGAUAAAAGGAUUGGAUCUAAGAUCAAUUGGUAUAUCCAGCCUAUAAUUUUUUCAAUUUACACACUACAAUAUAUGGAUAAAGUUACAAAUUCCUUUGCAGGUGUCAUGGGAAUCCAAAAAGAUUUAGGUUUAGUUGGUGAUCAAUUUUCCUGGUUAGGUUCUGGUUUUUACUUGGCUUACUUGAUUGCAGAGUUUCCAAUAGCUCAAGCAUUACAGAGAUUACCUUUUGUGAAAACGCUUUCAGCAUGUAUUAUCAUCUGGGGUAUAACUUUAUGUGCCCAUGCUGGUGCUCACAAUAGUGCACAAAUUAUCACAGCUCGUGUAUUUUUAGGUAUUUUUGAAAGUAGUAUCACUCCUGGAUUCGUUAUAUUGAGCUCUCAAUGGUAUAAAAAGUCUAAGCAAUUCUCAUUCACAGCUCUUUGGUUUUCAUGCAAUGGUGCUGGUGCAAUAUUAGGUGGUUUGAUUGCAUAUGCUCUACUACACCACGCUGACUCAUUAAAGUUAGAAUCUUGGAGGGUCCUUUUUAUAGUUACUGGUGCUCUCACGACUUGUUUUGGUAUUUCCUUCUACUUUUAUCUCCCUGAGAAUCCUUCUAAGGCUUGGUUUUUAAGUGAAGAUGAGAGAGUUUAUCAUGUGCUACGUAUUAAAAAAAAUCAACAAGGAUAUGGUAACAAAAAAUUCAAAUGGUAUCAAGUCAAGGAAGCAUUCACAGAUCUUAGAACUUGGAUUUACAUAUUUUGGGGACUUGUUGCUCAAAUUCCAAAUGGUGGUCUUGGAUCAUUUAGCUCGAUACUGUUAAAUCAAACGCUGGGUUAUUCCAAAGAACAAGCGCUAUUAAUGGGAUUACCAUCUGGUGCCAUUCAAAUCGCCAGUGGUAUCAUAACUGGAUAUAUUGCAAAUAAGACUCAAAAGAGAAUAUUGGUUGGUACUGGAUGUUGUGCUAUCACAUUUAUUGGUAUGUGUUUAUUAGCUUUCACUAAAAACACAAAAGUACAAUUGGCUGGUCUCUAUCUGACACCUUUAUAUGCAAUUGGUAUGGUGACGAUUUUAUCUCUAAUUGCAUCAGAUGCAGCAGGUCAUACCAAGAAGUUUACCGUUUCUGCUGCAUAUUUAGUGGCAUAUUGUGUUGGUAAUCUUAUCGGUCCACAAACAUUCAAAGCUUCAGACGCUCCUGCCUACAUCCCUGCAAGGGUUACAAUGGCAGUAUGUUUAGUUGUUAUUGAACAACACAUUAUUAGAAUUAUAAUACUAUAA